GUAUGAUUUCUUUUCUUUUUCCAACUUUUACUAUUCGAAAGAAUCUGGUCUUUCUUCUUCUUCUUCUUCUGUAUAUAACCAGAUCUCUAUGACUUAGUACUAGGAGUACUACCUAUAGAUCUGCCUCACAUCUUCAUAUUUUCUUGCUUUCUCUUCUCCACUGAAGCAACCAAGUUUGAGCUACCUUAUCUUCUAUAUGAUAAAAGGAUAUGAAAUUUAGGGUUAUACUUAUAUAUACUGAUCUAAAUAUUAACCUUUCAGAAUUAGUAGCUACUGGCUUUCAGUCUUCUUCUCAAAUCUCUCUCCUCUUUGUGCAUAAGUGCAGAUAGUUGUCAGGAACUACACGAAGCUUUUUGCAGCAAAUUCUGCCUGAGAAAUAUAAAGGAAGAUCCAGGUGAUCUGCAGCUGAAAGGAUUAAUUCAACUGGUUUCAGCUGCUUAGGCUUCAAUAAUGAGAGACAUAAGAUGAUUACAAGUUCAAAGGAAGCAGAUUCUCCCACUAGACAAGAAGGCAACACAAAUGAUACCAAGGUCAAUAAAGGUCCAUCUAGUUCUUCGCCAUGGUUAAGGUUGAAGGAUCCACGAAUUGUACGUGUUUCGCGUGCCUUUGGGGGUAAAGACAGGCAUAGUAAAGUUUGCACCAUAAGAGGAUUGAGAGACAGAAGGGUGAGGCUUUCAGUACCUACUGCUAUUCAAUUGUAUGAUCUUCAAGAUAGGCUUGGACUCAAUCAGCCGAGCAAGGUUGUUGAUUGGUUGCUUAAUGCAGCUAAACAUGAAAUUGAUGAACUCCCUCCACUCCCAGUACCACCAGGGAACUUUUCCCUUAACCAUCAAAUGGUUCUAAGUACUUCUCAAGAAGCUGGUGCUUCCCAAUCCAACAAAGAAGGGAUUAAAACUAGUAGUAGUGUUAAUUGGGAAGAUCCAGGUGGGUUAUCAAGAUCAAGCUUUUGGAGUUCUGACGCUUUUUGGAGGGCUAAAUCCAAAGAAGCUGAAAGGGAAACAACCAAUGAGAAAGACAAUUGGAACAAAAGAAAUGAAGAGGAGAAACAAGAAGGCAGUGAAGGUCAUCAUGGGGCACAAGUUUCAUCUGAUAGUCUCUUACAAAGAGCCAAUCAUUCUUCCUUGCCAGCAUUGCUAAAUAAUGCAGUGCCAUAUGGUUCUUACUAUCAUUUUGAACCUUCAAAUUUUCCUUUAUCACAUUUGGGAAGCCAUGGAUUUGGAUCCCACGCAGAAGACCUCCAUAACUUCAAUGUUGUGCCCUUGCCAUCCACAUUGUCUCUAUCAUCUGGCUCUCAAAUAUUGGUAUGUCCACCAGGAGCAACACAGCCUUUAUUCCCUCCACAUGCUACAGCUUCUCUAGAGAUUGAUCCUAGACAGCAAGUUAAUCAUUUUCAAAUGCUUAGCUCAGGUGCACAGAACCUCUUGCCUAAUUCUCUUAACCCUCCGCCAUACGCAAUAAGCCAAUCUAUCAGACCCUUCCAUUUGAGUAUGAAUCCUAGGCUUCCCCAUUCUCACAACAGCAGUGGAAGUCAGCCAGAUAAGCAACAGGAGUUUCCUUCCAAAUGACAUGAAAGCAAUGUGAUGAGGAAUUUCCUUUGGAAAAACGUUUGAAAUAACGUGCAUGACUCAAACCAUUUUCCCUGAGGAGAGGGACAAAAAGGUACUGUUUGAAUAUCUAUUUACAUAAACUAAGGUAUUCUAUUUCCUGGAAGUGAGAAGCAGACAAUUAAGUUAUUUACGGGUAUAACAAUUACGGUUUUGUGUUUGAUUUCAUAACUUUGUUCCAAUUGGGUGAUUGGAGUUAAAAUCAGAUCUUCACAGAUUUGAAUGUCAUGCCAAAUAAUUGAUAUAUAUUUUUACUAAUAGUUUGAUACUA